UAAAAACGGUUCGGUUCAUGGUUCGGUUCGAAAAACGAAAAAGGCGCCGGUUCGCUUUAAAACCGGUUUGCAGCCCUGAUUAUAAGUACUGGAACAAACCUGUUUGUAAAAUGGAAACAACCAGCUGAUAUAUUUUACUAAUAUAUGAAAAUGUGACUAACUACGCAACUAAAAUUUGCUGAAUUAGCUGUCUGUCUGAACAUUGUAAAACUUGGUUUCGGUUCGCAACCCAAAUUUCCGAGAAAAUGAUUAAAAGUUAGCCUAUCAAUCAAAAACAUAUAUCAUUGUGAAACAAAUAUGAAUAACGGCAGUGAUAUCUAGACUAUGUGUAAUUAUAAUGGCGUAUUGAUAUGAUGUUCAUUGUAUUCUGUAUUGUAUCAGUAUCAAUGAAAACUGGUUAUCAAUGUUUUCAAGUGAUUUUUGUGCUCGUACUUUUCUGCGAGUAUAAUGAAUUAUUCAAAAGCGACAAGUGUGAUUUUUUUAUCGCUCUGUGUAAUUUUUGCGGUGGAAGCAGAAAUAAUUUUGCGAGUGGAUCCCUUAGCGCUCUUAUCGGCAACACUGCGUACAUAUCAAAAAGCAGCUUGUGAUUAUGAGCAAGUAGUUAUUGCUUGUCCGCGAGGUACCAGCAUAUCAAUCGAAUUCGCGCAGUACAAUAAUUUCGAGAACAAAGAUGGCUUCAGCAUCGAUGAACUGUGCCCACUCGAUAAAUCUGCAACGCAUGUACAAGCGAAAUUUAAGCAUCUACUGCGUGGAUCUACAUUUGGGUAUUCAAGCCCGAAGAUAUCAACUGCUAGGUAUAUCUACAACGAGUACAGCCAGGCUAUACCAGUCACGGAAACACCAAGGAUAAGGCCGCAAACCGACACAAAUAUGACAGAAGAAAUUGAAGAAAACGCUUCAAGUAUCAAUCUUACUGUUGAUAACUCCGCGGAAAUUUGCAUGUGGCCGAAUGCAUUGCAGUAUUCGCUGCUACAGACGGUUGUUGAAGCAUGCCAAAAAAAGAAGCAUUGUAAAUUCAAUGGUGUACCUCAUUACUAUAAACUAAGUACAAGUGGGGGCCCUAGCAAUAGCAGCACGGCUAGCACCAUAAACGUGGAUCCCUGUCACAAACGCCGCAAAAUUGUCGAGGUGGCUUAUAAAUGUCGCCCAUAUGAAUUUCGUAGUAAAGUUGCUUGCCACAAUGAUAUUGCUCAGUUGGAAUGUAAUCCUUAUGCUCGCAUAGCAGUAUACAGUGCAAGCUUUGGGCGCACAGAGUACGAAAGCAUUCAAUGUCCACAACCGCAAGGAGUUCGUGAAGAAACUUGCCAAGCAUCAUACGCCACUGAAACGGUUAUGCAGAUUUGCCAUGGACGUCGCCGCUGCAAUUUAGCAGCGGAUGCGAAGACAUUCGGGUCUCCAUGUAAACCUAACUCGCGAAUGUAUCUGAAGGUUGUCUACACUUGCGUUCCAAAACAAGUCUUAAAAGACAGAUAUGAGUCUGAAGUAGAAGGCGACGAGACUGAGGAAUUAGAAGGAGGUAACGAAUUGUAUGACGAUGAAAUAAAUUACAAAGAAUCCGAAGCCAUUCCCAAGGUGUAUAGUAACAAUACGGUAAUUUCUGCAAGGACAAAUAGCACAACAAUUUCUACAUCGGCAUCCUUGAACCACAAUAGCACCAAUAUCACCUUUCACCAUGAAGUUCCAGAUUUUGCCAGUAUUAAUCCUGUAAUGACUCAUAAUACUGAUUUAAGCUUGGAAGAUAACCAGGAGCGAUUGUAUUUAUACUUACUGAUUGCCGGCUUAGUAGGAGUUCUCGCUUGUAUAUUUGUUGUGACUGGCCACGUUUUGAUACAAAAACAUCACUCUCUUAAUUCUGAAACGCAGGUGUCAGCCAUGGAAGGUUCUUGUAACGUUGGUACCACAAUUCCUAAUGGAUUUAAUGAUACGAUAUCAGAAAUCGAUGCUGAAAUCGAUAUACAACCCACCCACCCAGUGACAAGUGUAUCGAAAAAAGAGAAUUAUUUAACAUAUGGACCGGAUAACGGCAUAUAUAGCGGCUUUGAAUCAUCUAACAGAACUCAAAACUCCUCGCUUGUAUUGCAAGCAGGCAUGAUUAUGCCAUCAAAUGCAGUAGGAGCCCGUUCUUCGACAAUAAUAAGCUCUGGGUUAUGCCAAUCUCCAGACAUCAUAGGUAUAUCAUCAAAAGCUCAAAUGAAAGUGGCAACAAGUAACGUCAUCGGUUAUCAGAAGGGUGUAAGCGGCACACCAGCACCAGCUAUUGUGAUUCGCGACAUUGAUUCCCCUAACGUUCCAAUGACGCAACUGGCGCAGUACACAAUCGAGCCAACAAUUCACGCGAGCUACCUCAUCAAUACACAAGGAAUGGUUAAUCGGCCUUCAAAUCUUCAAACUCCGCCAAUAGAAACUUCUGCCUUAAAUGAGCAGUAUUCUGCAGCUUCAUCAUUAGGUCGUAUAAAAACAUCCGCAUUUACUUCUGUAUUGCAACAACAACUGUCUUAUGAUGGUACCGCGCCCCGUACCUUGUCAACAGGUGUACCAGUGAACUCCCAGUUCUAUUAUGGAUGACGAAAUUCCUAGGGUAGUGUAUAACUUAAGGCUCUUUCGGAUGAUAACUCUCAACUCAAAGUCGAAGCCAUCACAACUCUUACUGCCCACCUUUCGUAUAAUGUGCCGAAAGUGCAGCAAGAAUGCUUUAAUGAGAGCUACAAUGAAAAUGACAAUCCAAAUGACAGCCAGAACGUUAAAACUUCAAUAAAAGUUCAGAAUGGUUUGCUGCCGACUAAGCCAUUGGAAAGCCAAAUAACAGCAAAAGCCGAAAAAUCAGACAGAAUGCAUUGCCUUUGAAUGCAUUAAUGUUAGUUGUGGAUAAAUGAAUUAUUUAUAAGUAUUAAGUUACUGACAAUGAAAUAUAAUUCCUCAUAAUACUAAUUUUGCACUGCAAAAACAUUGAGCUGCGGCGCUUUUUAAUUUUUCUUUAGGUUUAGCCUAAUUUAUAACAGCAACAAUACUGAACAGAAAUAAUUAACAUGAAAGGCCCUACACCGUGGAUCGAAACCAAGUUCAACCCAAAGGUCUUGUUACUGAAAAUCUUCUUGUGAAUUUCUUCUCUACUAUGUUUUCUAAGUAAUUUAAGAUGGAAUAGAAAAAAAUCCUGACACGGAUUUUUAAGAAAAUCGAGUUUUUGUGUUUUUUAUGCUGAAAACAUUGUUGCUCAACAGUAAGUUCAAAGCCUUUGCA